AUGGCUACCCCAAGGUUCCAGAUACCCCCAGAAUUCCAAUCCAAGAUUCAAUACGUCGACUCUCUUGAUCAACGGUCCGACAAGCACAUCCUUGACUCAAUUGCCAAUCCCCCACCUGUCACUUCCGAGAAGAAUAUUUGGGCCUUCUGGGACUCAGGCAUCCACAACAUGCCGAGCUGGUGCCAGCGAAACGUUGCCGACUGGUCCCGUAUAUGUGGACCCUCUUGGACGAUUCGCGUUCUUGACGACGUCGCAGACUCGCCAAGCAAUGCGCUGAACUGGGUCAAGGAGGAUGAGCUCCCCAAGGCCUUCGUCGCCAAAAGGAUGGGCGGGCCAUGGACAGGCCCACACAGCGCUGACUUCCUCCGUGGGAUCUGCUUGUACCGUUACGGUGGCGUUUGGAUGGAUGUGGGGUCGUUUUUGUUCCGAAAGAUUGACGAUCUUUGUUGGAACAAGUUGGAAGACCCGAAGUUACCAUACCAGAUCGCCGGUCCUUGGAUGUAUGGGAACGUGGUGGCAAACCAUUUCAUUGCCAGUCGCAAGGGUGACCCUUUCAUCAAGAACUGGCACGAUCUUCUCAUGCAUUUAUGGAAGGACCGCACAUCGCCAGACGGCCUUCUCGAAGACCCACUCAUUGCCUUUGCGAAUAGUAUUAGUCUUGACCAAGCAGAGGCCAGAAACUAUCGGUGGAACUGGGAGGUCUCAACCACAAAACUCUUUGAAUAUCUCACGCAGAUCAUCUGCUGGAUUCGUGUUAGCAUGAUUGAAGAACCAAACGAGGGUUUCAGUGGCGUUGAGUACUUUGAGAAGAAGGUGCUCCUAUUUGAUGCUUUGAUCGAGGACUGGCCCGCCGAGGCUUUGAUCGGCUGGAACGGCGAACAUCUCUUCGACUUGCUCUCAGUCAGAUUGGAUGCUCCUCCGGAAUCCGAAGAGUACAAGAAGGCGUACAAUCUAGUCUGGACUCUCCUGACCACUUCAACCAUGGAGAAAAUCACGCAUGCGGCAAACAUGACUUCGACUAAGGCACUGGGUACUUUAUGGGACAUGAGCGAGAACGAGGGCAAGGACCAUGCGCCCGGAACGUUUGCUGAGUUGCUGCGCUAUGGGAGUGUGCACUUUGAACAAAAUCGCGAGACAGAAUGCAUCACUGCUCCGAAGGCGGAUAUUAUCCUGAGGAAAGGUUUACUAGAGCCUUGA